GACAUAAGGAACACCUUCUUCUCUGAAAUUGGCAUUGGGAUCUCAGCCAACAGCUUCCUUCUUCUCUUUUACAUCCUCAAGUUCAUUCCUGGGCACAGGCCUAGACCCACUGACGUGCUCAUUGGUCUGCUGGCACUAAUCCACCUACUGAUGCUAAUGUUCAUAGCAUUCAUAGCCACGGACAUUUUUAUUUCUUUGAGGGGAUGGGAUGACACCAUAUGUAAACUCAUUGUCUACCUGUACAGAAUUUUUAGGGGCCUCUCGCUUUGUACCACCAGCCUGCUGAGUGUCCUCCAGGCCAUCAUCCUCAGUCCCAGAAGCUCCUGUUUAGCCAAGUUCAAGCACAAAUCUGCCCAUUACAUCUCAUGUGCCUUUCUUUUUCUGAGUGUCCUUUAUGUGCUCAUUAGCAGUCACCUCUUAGUAUCAAUUAUUGCCACUCCCAAUUUGACUUCGAAUAACUUCAUGUACGUUACUAGGUCCUGUUCUCUCCUACCCAUGAGUUACCUCAUGAAAAGCACAUUUUGUACACUGAUGGCCGUCAGGGAAGUCUUUCUUAUUAGUGUUAUGGUCAUCUCUACUUGGUACAUGGUGGCUCUCUUGUGCAGGCACAGGAAGCAGGCCCAGCAUCUUCACAGCACCAGGCUUUCUCCAAAAGCAUCCCCAGAACUAUCUGCAGAACAAAGAGCCACACGGACCAUCCUUUGCAUCAUGAGUUUCUUUAUGGUGAUGUACACCUUGGACAGCGUCAUCUCCUACCUAAGAAGUAUAGAUGAUGACCUGAUUUUGUUUUGUUUCCAUAUUCUCACAGUCCAUGGCUAUGACACAGUCAGCCCUGUUUUGGUUCUCAGUACUGAAAAGCACAUAAUUAACAUUUUUAGAUCCAUGUAUGGAAGGAUGUUAAGCAUGUGCUGUCCUCCCCACCAAGGAUUGGAAGAAGCCAGCAAUGCGUUUCUCAGUGCCAAUGAACAGCAAGGGGCUGACGGUGGCAAAGCCAUUGGAGACCAUCAUGUGGAUAAUGUGGUGGACUGGGUCACUAUCCUGCAUCAGUCUGGAGGCAAAUAUGAUGCAGUCCAUACAGUACAUCAGCACAAAGAAGUUCAUGAGCAGCAGGAUCAUACCGCUUAUUCUGUGUCCGUGUGCUUAAGGAUCCAUAAUUUCCCAGAGAAGUGA